AUGCCUGAGCUGGGGAAAAAAGCAGUUUCAGCAUUUAGCAAGAAGCCCAAAACCACCGAGGCAGCAGUGGGCAGCUCUGCGGUAUUCGAAGCUGAGACCGAGCGGGCGGGCCUCAAACUGCGCUGGCAGAGGGCUGGCGGUGACAUAGCGGCCAGCGACAAGUAUGUGCUGACAUCCGAAGGCAACCGGCACACUCUGACGGUGCGGGAUGUGGGCCUCGAUGACCAGGGGCCGUAUGCCGUCAUCGCCGGCACUUCCAAGGUCAAGUUUGAGCUGAAGGUCAAAGCAGCAGAAAAGCCAGAUCUGGCUCCCGCCCCCAAGGAAGCCCCUGCCCCCCAGGAAGGACCUCUGCCCUGUGAGCCUGCUGCCCCGGGUGAGGCUCCCACCACGGGGUCCGAAGGAAGCCCUCCAAAGAGUGAAGCCACCUCUGAUGCUGCUUCCAGUGACCCCAUUGGCCUCUUUGUGACCCGGCCCCAGGAUGGCGAGGUGACUGUGGGGGAGAGCAUUACUUUCUCAGCCCAGGUGGCCGGGGCCAGCCUCCUGAAGCCCCCGGUGGUCAAGUGGUUCAAGGGGAAGUGGAUGGACCUCAGCGGCAAAGUGGGGAAGAAUUUACAGCUUCAUGACAGCUAUGACCGAGCCAGCAAGGUCUAUCUCUUCGAGCUACACAUCUCUGAGGUCCAGGCAGCCUACGCCGGUGGGUACCGCUGUGAAGUUUCCACCAAGGAUAAAUUCGACAGCUGCAACUUCAAUCUCACAGUCCACGAGGCCAUCGGUCCUGCAGACCUUGACAUUCGCUCAGCGUUCCGUCGCCCGAGCCUGCCUGGGGGUGCUCGCCGGACCAGUGGAGACGGUCACGACGAUGGGGGGAGCCUGGAUUUUUCCUCCUUGCUGAAAAAGAGGCGCUCGAGCCUCUAUGGGACCCCUCUGGUUGGCACCAGGGACCCGAAGCUGGAGGCCCCAGCCGAGGAGGACGUCUGGGAGAUCCUCAGGACGGCCCCUCCCUCGGAGUAUGAACGCAUCGCCUUCCAGCAUGGCGUCACGGACCUGCGUGGCAUGCUCAAACGCCUCAAGGGCAUGAAGAAGGAGGAGAAGAAGAGCGCGGCCUUUCUGAAGAAGCUGGACCCCGCCUACCAGGUUAACAAAGGGCAGAAGAUCCGGCUGGUGGUUGAAUUGGCCGACCCUGACGCUGAGGUCAAAUGGCUGAAGAACGGGCAGGAAAUUCAAAUGAGCGGCAGCAAGUACAUCUUUGAGUCUUCUGGCAACAAGCGCAUGCUAACCAUCAGCCAGUGUUCCCUGGCAGAUGAUGCUGCCUACCAGUGCGUGGUGAAUGGGGACAAGUGCAGCACUGAGCUCUUUGUGAAAGAGCCCCCGGUGCUGAUCACCCGGGCCCUGGAGGACCAGAUGGUGACAGUUGGGCAGCGAGUAGAAUUCGAGUGUGAAGUGUCCGAGGAGGGAGCCCCCGUCAAAUGGCUGAAAGAUGGAGUGGAACUGACCCGAGAGGAGACCUUCAAAUAUCGUUUUAAGAAGGAUGGACGGAAGCACCACCUGAUCAUCAACGAGGCAACCCUGGAGGACAGUGGUCACUAUGCCAUCCGCACCAGCGGCGGCCAGGCUUUGGCGGAGCUCAUUGUGCAGGAAAAGACACUGGAGGUGUAUCAGAACAUCGCAGACCUGACAGUUGGGGCUCGGGACCAAGCUGUGUUCAAGUGUGAGGUGUCAGAUGAGAAUGUGAAGGGAGUCUGGCUCAAGAACGGGAGGGAGCUGGUGCCCGACAGCCGCAUAAAGGUGUCCCACAUUGGCCGGGUCCACAAGCUGACCAUCGAUGACGUCACCCCUGCUGAUGAAGCUGACUACACUUUUGUGCCUGAGGGCUUUGCCUGUAACCUCUCAGCUAAGCUCCACUUCAUGGAGGUCAAAAUCGACUUUGUUCCCAGGCAAGAACCUCCCAAGAUCCACUUGGACUGCCCUGGACGCACACCGGACACAAUCGUGGUCGUAGCUGGGAACAAGCUGCGACUGGAUGUGCCCAUCUCUGGGGAUCCGGCACCGACUGUCAUCUGGCAGAAGGCCGCCCAGGGAAGCAAGGGCCUGGGUGAGACCCCAGAUGCCUCCAGCAAUGCCGCUGACAAUGAGUGGGUGUUUGAGAAGAAGCUGCUGUGUGAGACUGAGGGUCGAGUGCGUGUGGAGACCCACAAGGACCGUAGCAUCUUCACGGUGGAGGGGGCUGAGAAGGAGGAUGAAGGUGUCUACAUUGUGACAGUGAAGAACCCCGUGGGGGAAGACCAGGUCAACAUCACCGUCAAGGUCAUCGAUGUCCCUGACCCACCUGCGGCCCCUAAGAUUAGCAACAUUGGGGAAGACUCCUGCACUGUGCAUUGGCAGCCUCCAGCCUAUGAUGGUGGACAGCCUAUCCUGGGUUAUAUCUUAGAGCGGAAGAAAAAGAAGAGUUACCGAUGGAUGCGGUUGAACUUCGACCUCCUCCGGGAGCUGAGCCAUGAGGCCAGGCGCAUGAUCGAGGGGGUGGUGUAUGAGAUGCGCAUCUACGCGGUGAAUGCUAUCGGCAUGUCUCGGCCCAGCCCCGCCUCCCAGCCCUUCAUGCCUGUAGGCCCUCCCAGCGAGCCCACCCACCUGGGUGUGGAGGACAUCUCUGACACCACAGUCUCCCUCAAGUGGCGUCCCCCAGAGCGGGUCGGGGCCGGGGGGCUGGACGGCUACAGCGUGGAAUACUGCAGAGAGGGAUCCUCAGAGUGGGUAAGCGCCUUGCAGAGUCUGACGGAGCGCACAUCACUGCUGGUGAAGGAGCUUCCCACGGGGGCCAGGCUGCUCUUCCGAGUACGGGCACACAACCUGGCUGGGCCUGGUGCCCCUGCCACCACCAAGGAGCCCAUCACUGUGCAGGAGAUCUUGGAGCGGCCCCGGCUGCGGCUGCCUCGGCACCUGCGCCAGACCGUGCAGAGAAAAGUGGGAGAAGCUGUGAAUGUCCUCAUCCCUUUCCAGGGAAAGCCUCGGCCCCAAGUGACUUGGAGCAAGGAGGGGCAACCACUGGCUGGGAAUGAUGUGAGCAUCCGCAACAGCCCAACGGACACCAUCCUGUUCAUCCGAGCAGCCCGCAGGGACCACUCAGGCACCUACCAGGUGGCCGUGCAGAUUGAGAACAUGGAAGACAAAGCCAAUUUGGUCCUGCAGAUCGUCGACAAACCAAGCCCCCCCCAGGAAGUGCGAGUCACGGAAACCUGGGGCUUCAACGUGGCCCUGGAGUGGAAACCCCCCCAGGAUGAUGGCAACACAGAACUCUGGGGCUACACAGUGCAGAAGGCUGACAAGAAGACCAUGGAAUGGUUCACGGUCCUGGAGCAUUACCGUCAGACUCACUGUGUGGUCUCUGAGCUCAUCAUGGGCAAUAGCUACUACUUCCGGGUCUUUAGCCACAACAUGGUGGGUGCCAGUGAGAAAGCCGCCACAACGAAGGAGCCAGUCUUAAUCCCCAAAAUAGGCCUCACAUACCAGCCCCCCACGUAUAAAGACCUCGACUUUUCCGAGGCCCCGAGCUUCACCCAGCCCUUGGUGAACCGUUCUGUGAUCGCGGGCUACAACGCAGUCCUCUGUUGUGCUGUCCGAGGAAGCCCUAAGCCCAAGAUCUCCUGGUUCAAGAAUGGCCUGAACCUGGGUGAAGAUGCUCGUUUCCGGAUGUUCAGCAAGCAGGGGGUGCUGACCCUGGAAAUCCGAAAACCCUGCCCCUUUGAUGGAGGUGCUUAUGUCUGUCGGGCCAUCAAUGCCCAGGGGGAAGCACAAUGUGAGUGCCGGCUGGAGGUGCGAGUGCCUCAGUAACCAAGCUGGAGACCCCAGAGAGCCAGUGAGAGCCGGUGCCACCAGGACCCUGGCCCUGACCUUGGAGGAAACC